AUAAAAAAAACAAAACAAUUAUGUAAAUCCUGUAUUACUGCAACUCAGUCGUUGCCAAGAAGAUAGCCUUAGAUGUUGACAUGACAAUAAAAAUAAAUAACUGCUGCUACUAUAUACUGCAAACUUGCUAAUUGGGCUAAGUUGUCACAGUGGAAACCUGCCAUUAUAUACCAUACACUUGCAGAAAUAAAGGAACCAAAGUAUUGCAUAAUUGCUUUGCACAUACCUUGGUUUAGUAAUUUGCUACCAAAUGAAAUUCAUAAUUUUUGGUCUAUACCUCAACUGUCCAUCUUCUAUUGAGUCACUGUAUAAUCAAAAAUACAAGCCAAUAAAUCGAAAUUGAUUUUGCCUCGUCAUGUGUAAGUGGGGGUUUGGCUUAUGGAGGAGGGGAGUGAGGGAGAGAUAGAGAGAGAGAGAGAGAGAGAGGAGCACGGGAGGGGGGCUACUCAACACAGCGAUGAGAACAUCGCUCAUAUUGCGUCUCUCUUACACCAUCGUGUAUUAUCUCAGGCUUAUCGUUAAUUACCCUCAUUCAUCCUCCAUCUCGGUUAGUGUUUUAGCUCUGCAGCAUCGGCGGCCGUGCGUGUGAGCAGCGGGAGUGCCGCAGGACACCGCGCUCGAGACCCGCACCGCACCGCACCGUACCGUCACGCCACAGGACAUUCGUCUGCCUCCACUCUCCAAUACAACCACGACAUGAGUCGGAGCUUCAGCCCUGACAUCUGAGGCCGGAGCACGGGUCUCGACCGCCGCAGUAUCGGGGCUGCCAGAUUCCGUUUCGCGGAAGACGUCGCGCGCUGAGCCUGAAUGUCAAAAAGCUCGGCAGAAAGUCAGAGCAGGGGCGGCUCCGUCCGAGACGUGAGGAUGGCCUCUUCCAACAAUACCUCACCCGAAGGAGGCUCUCCACCCCACCAGAACCGCAUCCGACAGUCGGACAGUAAUACCAGCUUCCUGAGGGCAGCCAGGGCAGGUAACAUUGAUAAGGUGCUGGAGUUUCUCAAGAGCGGACAGGACAUUUCCACAUGCAAUCAGAAUGGACUCAAUGCACUCCAUCUAGCAGCCAAAGAGGGUCACGUGGAGCUGGUGGAGGAACUAGUGGAGAGGGGUGCGACCGUGGACUCUUCAACCAAGAAAGGGAACACUGCUUUGCACAUUGCUUGUCUGGCUGGGCAGAAAGAAGUUGCGAAGAUGUUGGUGAAAAGAGGAGCAGAUGUAAACUCGCAAUCCCAGAAUGGCUUCACUCCACUUUAUAUGGCUGCUCAAGAGAAUCACCUGGAUGUUGUGCGAUAUCUUCUGGAGAACGGUGGAAAUCAGAGCAUGGCCACAGAGGACGGCUUCACUCCUCUGGCCAUUGCUCUGCAGCAGGGUCAUAAUCAGGUGGUCUCUCUGCUGCUGGAACAUGACACAAAAGGUAAAGUCCGCUUGCCUGCUCUCCACAUCGCUGCCCGCAAAGAUGACACCAAGUCUGCUGCUUUGCUGCUUCAGAACGACCAUAAUGCUGAUGUCCAGUCUAAGAUGAUGGUCAACAGGACUACAGAGAAUGGAAAGAGUGGCUUCACUCCUCUGCAUAUUGCUGCUCACUAUGGUAAUGUUAAUGUGGCCACACUGCUGCUCAACAGAGGGGCUGCUGUAGACUUCACAGCCAGGAAUGGUAUAACCCCACUUCACGUGGCCUCCAAACGAGGAAAUACAAACAUGAUUGCUUUGCUGUUAGACAGAGGGGCUCAGAUUGACGCGAAGACCAGGGAUGGGUUGACACCGCUGCACUGUGCAGCCAGAAGUGGACAUGACACCGCAGUGGAAAUCUUGCUCGAAAGAGGAGCUCCCAUACUGGCACGGACCAAGAACGGCCUGUCUCCGUUGCACAUGUCUGCUCAGGGUGAUCACGUCGAGUGUGUGAAACACCUGCUGCAGCACAAGGCACCGGUUGAUGAUGUCACACUGGAUUACCUGACCGCGCUUCACGUUGCCGCCCACUGUGGUCACUACAGAGUCACAAAAUUACUGCUGGACAAGAAAGCGAAUCCUAAUGCCAGAGCACUGAAUGGCUUCACUCCUCUGCAUAUUGCCUGCAAAAAGAACAGAGUGAAAGUCAUGGAACUGCUGGUUAAAUAUGGAGCUUCGAUUCAAGCUAUCACUGAGUCCGGCCUGACCCCAAUCCAUGUUGCAGCAUUUAUGGGGCACCUCAAUAUUGUUCUCCUACUGCUACAGAAUGGAGCCUCACCUGAUGUCUGUAAUAUACGUGGCGAGACGGCGCUGCACAUGGCUGCAAGGGCAGGACAGAUGGAGGUGGUGCGAUGUUUGCUAAGGAACGGGGCUUUGGUGGAUGCCAUGGCCAGAGAGGACCAGACACCCCUUCACAUUGCGUCUCGUCUGGGUCAGACAGAGAUUGUGCAGUUGUUGCUGCAGCAUAUGGCUCAUCCUGACGCUUCCACCACUAAUGGAUACACACCUCUGCACAUCUCCGCUCGUGAAGGUCAGGUGGAGACGGCUGCAGUGCUGCUGGAGGCUGGAGCAUCUCACUCACUCGCAACCAAGAAAGGCUUUACUCCUCUACAUGUUGCUGCUAAAUAUGGUAGUCUGGAUGUGGCAAAACUCCUCCUUCAGCGGAGAGCACUUCUUGAUGACACUGGAAAGUACGGUCUCACACCACUGCAUGUAGCUGCUCACUAUGAUAACCAGCAGGUGGCGAUGAUGCUCUUGGAUAAAGGAGCCUCACCUCAUGCUACUGCUAAGAAUGGCUAUACGCCUCUCCACAUUGCAGCGAAGAAGAACCAGACUCAGAUCGCCUCUGCGCUGCUUCAGUAUGGAGCAGAGGCCAAUGCAUUGACCAAGCAGGGAGUGAGUCCUUUACACCUGGCAUCCCAGGAGGGGCACACAGAGAUGGCCUCCCUGCUGUUGGAGAGGGGUGCACAUGUCAAUGCUGCCACUAAAAGUGGCCUUACACCUCUCCACCUCACUGCUCAGGAGGACAGAGUGCAGGUGGCUGAAAUACUGGUCAAGCACGAUGCAAACGUAGAUCAGCAGACCAAAUUGGGCUAUACUCCUCUUAUUGUUGCCUGUCACUAUGGAAAUGUCAAAAUGGUUAAUUUCCUUUUGCAAAAUGGCGCUAAUGUAAAUGCAAAAACUAAGAAUGGCUACACACCACUUCACCAAGCUGCACAGCAGGGAAAUACACAUAUUAUCAAUGUCCUGCUGCAGCAUGGAGCCAAGCCUAAUGCAGUAACUAUGAAUGGGAACACAGCACUCUCUAUUGCUAAACGUCUGGGGUACAUCUCAGUGGUGGACACUCUGAAAGUUGUUACAGAGGAAAUAAUUACAACAACAACCACGGUGACAGAGAAACACAAGCUGAAUGUUCCAGAGACAAUGACAGAAGUUCUGGAUGUGUCCGAUGAGGAGGGUGAGGACACAAUGACAGGUGAUGGAGGGGAGUACCUGAGAGCAGAGGACCUGAGAGAGCUUGGUGACGACUCUCUACCUGGGCACUACCUGGACGGCAUGAGCUACACCCAUAACUUAGACCGGUCUCAUGAGACCCCCAGUCACCUUGCUUACAGAGGUGAAGGAAUGCUGAUUGAGGAUAUGAUCACCAGCCACCAGCUUAAUAAGGUAUCUGCAUUCUCUCGAGAACAUGACAAGGACUCAUAUCGACUGAGCUGGGGUGCUGAACAUCUGGAUAAUGUGGUGCUAACUAGCACUCUUCUGCAGUCAGGCUUCCUGGUCAGUUUCAUGGUGGAUGCCCGUGGUGGAGCCAUGCGUGGCUGUCGUCACAAUGGACUACGAAUUAUUGUGCCUCCUAGAAAGUGCUCAGCACCGACACGGGUCACAUGUCGUCUGGUGAAGAGGCACAGGCUGGCCUCUAUGCCCCCUAUGGUGGAGGGAGAGGGGCUUGCAGGCAAGCUCAUUGAAGUUGGACCCACUGGAGCCCAGUUUCUUGGGCCUGUGAUUGUGGAGAUCCCGCACUUUGCUGCAUUGCGUGGGACAGAGCGGGAGUUGGUGAUUCUGCGCAGUGAGACAGGAGAGAGCUGGAGAGAACAUCACUGUGAGCAUACAGAAGAAGAGCUGAAUCAGAUACUCAAUGGCAUGGACGAGGAACUGGACACUCCUGAGGAGCUGGAGAAAAAACGAAUCUGCCGCAUCAUCACACGGGAUUUCCCACAAUACUUUGCAGUGGUGUCCCGCAUUAAGCAGGACAGUCAUCUGAUUGGUCCAGAGGGUGGAGUGUUAAGCAGCACACUUGUUCCACAGGUCCAGGCCGUGUUUCCAGAGGGAGCGUUGACUAAACGGAUACGCGUUGGGCUACAGGCCCAGCCCAUCAGUGAGGAUCUGGUGAGGAAGAUCCUGGGUAAUAAGGCUACGUUCAGCCCAAUUGUUACUUUGGAGCCCAGAAGACGCAAGUUUCACAAGCCUAUCACCAUGACUAUUCCUGUCCCUAAAAGCCCAACCAGUGAUGGGACAAACAGUACACCCACUCUACGACUAUUAUGUAGCAUUACUGGUGGAACAACUCCUGCACAAUGGGAGGACAUAACUGGAUCCACACCGCUAACAUUCAUCAACCAGUGUGUUUCAUUUACCACUAAUGUGUCCGCAAGGUUCUGGCUUAUAGAUUGCCGUCAGAUCCAGGAGUCUGUGAACUUCUCCAGUCAGCUAUAUCGUGAGAUCAUCUGUGUUCCUUAUAUGGCCAAGUUUGUCAUCUUUGCCAAGACGUUGGACCCAAUAGAAGCACGACUCCGCUGCUUCUGUAUGACAGAUGAUAAGAUGGAUAAAACCCUGGAGCAGCAGGAGAACUUCACUGAAGUGGCUCGUAGUCGAGAUGUAGAGGUUUUAGAGGGAAAGCCAAUCUUUGCAGACUGCUUUGGAAAUUUGGUCCCACUAACCAAAAGUGGACAGCACCAUGUGUUCAGCUUCUAUGCUUUUAAAGAAAACCGUCUUUCUCUCUUUAUCAAAAUUCGUGACAGCACUCAAGAACCAUGUGGCAGGUUGUCUUUUACAAAAGAACCAAGAACAUAUCGCAGUCUAAACCACAAUGCAAUAUGCAACCUGAACAUCUGUCUACCUGUUUACUCAAAGGAAUCUGAUUCUGACCAAGAUGCAGAUGAGGAGAGUGAGAAGACACAUGAGCAAUAUUAUGAUGGAUCUGAGUCAACAGAGCAUUCCAUGCUGCAAAUCAUACAUGAUCCUGCCACACUCGCAAGUCCAGAUUUACUUUCAGAGGUUUCUGAAAUGAAGCAGGACCUGAUUAAAGUGUCGUUCCUUCUGACCUCUGAAAAGUUGGAAAAACCACGUUCCUCUGAUCCCGGAGAGCGAUCAGACAAGGCUGGGGAUGAAGAAGUGGAUGAGCCAUUUGAAAUUGUUGAAAAAGUGAAAGAGGAUUUAGAGAAGGUAGAAGAGAUUCUUCGUGACAGAACAAUGGAUGAUACGAAGAGGGAAGGUGCUAUUGGGAGAUCUGUAACCAUUGAUGAUGAAGAGUGGGUACUUCUCAGUGAGACAGAUGUUGAGGAAUCCAAAAGCAAAAAUAUCUCUGAAGUCCAAGAGGCACUCAUUCAGGAAGUUCGAAUUACAAGAGACACUAUAUCCAGUUCUUCUCCUAAGAGGGAUAUUUCAGGUAUGAUUUCAUAUCUCAGCAGUGACUUAGAACAGUGUCUGCAGGAAAUGCCAGUACCAUGUGGAAUGUCACAACAUGUGGAAUGUGUUCAAGAAAGUUUUAAAGAAGUUGUUUUGACACGUGGUAAACAUCGUCCUGGAGAAAUAAAAAAGCCAGCAAGGAAAAAGCGUAAAGAGAGGGAAUUUGCAAGCGGCAGUUCAGAGGAUGACUUGGAAAGGUUGAGUAGGAGUCAGUCUGAGGAGUCUCUUGAUGAAGAUGCAGUUAUUGGUGGAUCUGACCCUGUCUUUGGACCUGUUCCUGUGUCUCCUAGGGUUGUAGAAACUCCAAUAGGAUCCAUCAAGGACAAAGUAAAAGCACUGCAAAAGAGGGUUGAAGAAGAGAAUGAGGUGGACAAUCAAAAGUGGAAAUCCCAAAAAGUGAAUGCUUCCCAAAGUAAGCCAUAUGUCACAGAGACAGAAAAAUCAGACAUGCUUCCUCCAAAAUCUCCCAGAUCCCCAAGGUCACAGACGGAACGGCUAGAGGAAACUAUGUCUGUAAGAGAGCUGAUGAAGGCUUUUCAGACAGGCCAGGAUCCAUCGAAAAGCAAGUCUGGACUUUUUGAACAUAAAGCAAUUACGACUGUAACCUCUGAAGCAGAACAUUCUGAUGAAGUUCCCCCAACAUAUGAUAGCCAAAUGACAUCAACAUCUCAACGUUUACAAGAACGAACAAUUACAACUAUAACCUCUGAAAUGGAAGGUCCUAAUGUGGUAACAACUCAACAAAAAGCAAUUACAACUGUACCCUCUGAAGCAAGUUCUGAUGUGAUGCAGGUUCCUUUAAAAUAUGAUAGCCAUAUGACAGAAACAACUCAGCAUUUGCGAGAAAGAGCAAUUACAGCUAUACCCUCUGAAGCACGUUCUGAUGUGAUGCAGGUUCCUCCAACAUAUGAUAGCCAAAUGACAGAAAAAGUGAACUACCCUCUGAAGCAUUCUAUACCCUCUGAAUCAAGUUCUGAUGUGAUGCAGGUUCCUUUAAAAUAUGAUAGCCAAAUGAUAGAAACAACUAAGCAUUUGCAAGAAAAAGUGAUUACAACAAUACCCUCUGAAGCAAGUUCUGAUGUGAUGUUGGUUUCUCCAACAUAUGAUAUCCAAAUGACUACAACACCUCAACGUUUGCAAGAACGAGCAAUUACACCUAUACCCUCUGAAUCAAGUUCUGAUGUGAUGCAGGUUCCUUUAAAAUAUGAUAGCCAAAUGAUAGAAACAACUAAGCAUUUGCAAGAAAAAGUGAUUACAACAAUACCCUCUGAAGCAAGUUCUGAUGUGAUGUUGGUUUCUCCAACAUAUGAUAUCCAAAUGACUACAACACCUCAACGUUUGCAAGAACGAGCAAUUACACCUAUACCCUCUGAAUCAAGUUCUGAUGUGAUGCAGGUUCCUUUAACAUAUGUUGGCCAAAUGACAGAAACAACUCAACAUUUGCAAGAAAGAGCAAUUACAACUGUAAGCUCUGAAAUGCAGUGCCCUGAUGUGGUACAGUUUCCCUCAACACAUGAUACCCAAAUGACAGAAACAUGUUUGCAAGAAAUAACCAUUACAACUGUACCCUCUGAAUCAAGAUCUGAUGUGGUGCAGGGUCCUCCAAAAUAUGAUAGCCAAAUUAAAGAAUCAACCCAGCAUUUACAAGAAAAAAUUGUAGUAGAAAACCAGAUCCUUCAAGAAUCAUCACAUAUUGACCAAAACACAAUUCAGCAUGAACCAAUGAUCAAUGAUGGUGAAGCAGUACAUGAAAAAUCACUGACAAUCAUCCAAUUCGAAGGUGAUCAAGCUGUAACUUCCAACAUUAUCUUUAACUUUGAAGAGAAAAGCUCUCCAGAAGACCUGCACUGUAAACAUACAGCAGCUGACCAAAAUAGAAAACCAUCUCAGGAACCAGAAACUGAGGAACAAAUAUGUCCUGAACGUUUAAGUAGCAUAGACCCACAGCUGAUACGUGAGAGAAUGUACUAUGAAGAGAACAUCUGCCAAACCAGGAGAUUGUCCGUGGAACCUCAGAUCAGUCCAGACAGGAAACCAUCAGAGGAUUUCAGUGCGGAUAUUAAAGCAGAACUUGAGGAAAAUCCUGAAUAUCUGCUCUUUAGGCAAACUUCAGGUGAAGCAAGUAAACAUUAUUUAAUGUGUAGUGAUAGCCUUUCUUUGGAAGAAGAGGAGCAAAUACACCAGGCAGCAGUGAAUCCAAGUAAACCAAACAUAAUCAUUGCAUUUGCUACUGCAAUGGUGCAAGGUGAGCCCUUACAUCAAAGUGAAAUACAUCUUGGUACAUUGGAGGAAAGUCCUGAUAGUGACAAACAUGAGGCCUUGGCAGAUUCUACUGGCAAUAGUAUAGGGACAAGGACUCCUAACUCCAGCACAGGUGACAGUGAGAAACAUGAGGGACUUGUUGAAACCCCUCAAAAUAGUCCUGAAGUCAUUGUUUUUUCUUCCAGUACAACUAGUAAAGAAACAGAAGACAGAUAUUAUGGGGAUCAGGAGACCGCUCACCAAUCGAUUUCGACAUCACGUGAAAGAGCGGAGAGUGACAAGAGUGAAUUAUGUUCCAUAACCUCCAUAAAAAGCAAGACUGAAGCAACUUAUGAUUCUAAUAUUGAAUUGUCUUCUUCAUCCACCAAUAUAGAGUCACUGUCCUCUGCUAAUUCAAAGACAGUAGUUCAAAAUAUAAUAGAAGUUAUGAAAUCAGAGAGUGAAAAAUCUGCACAUGAUAUGAAAAGUGAUUUAACCUGUAAGGAUAGCAUUGAGUUGAUAAAAUCGGAUGUAAUUACUGAGUCUGAGAAUAUACCACAACAUAGUCAUCACAGUCAAGAUGCACUAGAGAGACCUUCUAGUUUGGAUUCUCUGCAGCCUGCAACCAUGAGUGAUACUAAAACUCUCUGUACAACAGACUCUCUUGAGACUACUCCUAUCAAAGAUGAUGGAUCAUCCCAAAAAUCCCCAGACUCUAUUGAGCCAAGCCCAACCAAGGAGUCCCCAUGUCAAGACUCUUUAGAGGGAAGUCCUACUGGUCAAGAAUCUGGUCAGAGUUACACAGAAAGGGUCUUGUCAACAAGUCCGGCUUUCAUUUAUUUAGAAAGUGAGUCAUCCCAAGGUUACCAUGAGACCCAGGAGAAAAAAGAAAAGGGGAUUGAUAGUGGGGAUAUCCAUGACUUUGAUGCAUUACAAAGGCAAUUCACUCCAGAAGAAGAAAUGUUUAAGAUGGCUGCAAAGAUCAAAACAUUUGAUGAAAUGGAAAAGGAUGCUAAAGUUAAAAAGGUCAAAUUUGAUUUUGACUGUGUUUCUAAACAACCAAAAGAGGAAGAAGUCUUGUCACCACAUAAAGGUUUACUAGACUUUAACACAAUGUUAAGCAAAACAUCAGAAGAGCAGUACUUGGAGAACUCUGCUAAGUGUGGCCAUGUGCUACCCUUACAUUCCUCAUUGUCAGAUGAUGAUUAUGACAGUCCUGUGCUAGAUAGAUCAACCCACAAGGUCUCAGGAGAAACCACUGAGGUUUUAGAGACCACAGACAAAAUGGAGGAGGAACAUACUCAUUUAAAGACUGUUGAUUUACAGACAUGCAUAGACAUACCAUCUAUGCAAACACAUGAAGAGAAUGAGGAGGAAGACUAUGAACAGUUACCUUCAGAGUACCAUAGUAUAGUGACUGGUGAGACUACAAUUAAACAGGAUCUCAUUGUUACAUCAGCAGAGAGCAAAAUAGGCAUUGAGAAUGAAGAUGAUAAUGAUUCUGUGUGUACUGGUGAAAGUACUACUGAAAAAGUGCUUUCUCCCAUCGACCAUGUACAUGCCACCACUCUUACAAAGGAAGUGCAGAAUGAAUCCCAGCCAGAUUUAAUUAUGUAUCAGGAAGACAAUGAAGAGAAGCCAGAAGAAGCUUCUAUUCCACAAGACUUAGUUCCGUGGAGUGCUGAAGUGGAAGAUGAUGAAGCAUUUAAUGCAAAAAUUGCGGCUGAGGAGCAGAAGAUACUUGCUUUGUGUAUAGACAGACGUUCUCAUGGAACCACACCUGACACAACUCCAGGAAGAACACCUACUGAAGAGGGGACACCAAAUCCCUUCCUCUUUCAAGAGGGAAAGCUAUUUGAGAUGACCAGGGGCGGCGCUAUUGACAUGACUAAAAGGACCAUGGAGGAGGAAGAAGAAAGGUUAGUCUUCUUUCCGAUAAACGAAGAUCCAAGUGAAGAAUAUGAGCAAGUCGAUUUCAGUACUAGUGAGUCUGUUGAAGUAGGUUCAAUUGAGAUGCCUACAGAUGGUUUAGUGCAUGAAGAUGGAAUUACUGAGGAACAUAAUGGCUUUGGUAAAACUGGAACCAAAAAUGUUCAACCAGAACAUUCAGAAUGGAAAGAGUUUCCUAUUAAAGGUGAACCAAAGAGUCCCACAGAGGAUAAUGGAUUCUGUGAAGACACAUUAAUACCAAAUAUUGACACUGCCACUUAUACAGUAACACGAACAGUUUAUUCUGAGCAAGACCCAGAAUCCUCUGACUCUUCGGUGGAAGAUGAACAGCAUUCUGUUGUUGAAAUGCACAUAUCAAUUUCCCCUAGUGCCUCAGUUCACACUGUUAGUCAACAGCAAUUUCAAACAUCACCUUCAACGUACACUCCAGAAGAGGACCUUGUUGCUGAAAUUGAAGACGCAACAUCUAAACCAAAAAUAGCUGUAAAGGCAGCCAGCUUUGACCAGGUUUUAGGACAAGGGGACUCCAUUGAACAGAAUGAAAGGCCUAAAUCUGUAGCAGAUAUUGGUGACUCAGAAUGGUCCAAGUCUGUUGUGGACGAUUACACUCACACCAAACCAAAGUGUUCAUCUUCCCAGAUACAUGUUUCACAAACACAGUCUCCUACCCUACAGUAUGCUGUAUCCAGUCAACCUGAACUUCCUGCUGAAUUCUCUCAAGAUUUGGACAUUUCAAAGAGUAUAGGGCAUGACGAAAAAAAAGGGGACAAGGCCUCUGAGUUAGGGAUAGAAAGUAGUUUGAAAGCAAUUCGACCCCCAUCCGUAGGCGAUGAUGUCUUUGAAUCACGACCCAACUGGGAAGAUUGUGUGGAGACACAGAUGCAGAGAAUCUCAGACAGCACUCCCCCAGACCAAAGUAAAGUGGACUGGCAUGAUGAUGCAGAUAGGAAAGAAGAGACUUUGGCAAUUAUUGCUGACCUUCUAGGUUUUAGUUGGACAGAGCUAGCCAAAGAGUUGGAAUUUAAUGAAGAUGAGAUACAGCAAGUGCGUGUUGAAAACCCAAAUUCACUACAGGAGCAGAGUCAUGCUCUUUUACAGCGCUGGGUAGAGAGAGAAGGAAAACAUGCAACUGAAAAUACAUUGAUUAAAAGACUCACUAAAAUAAAUCGCAUGGACAUUGUCCAUCUUAUUGAGAUUCAAAUGCACAAGUCAGUUCAGGAGCAAACAUCAAGAACGUAUGCAGAGAUUGAAAGGACCCUGGACCACAGUGAAGCUCUCUCCUCAGUCCAAGAUGAUGGUGACAGUCUUCGUGUGGUGCGGAGAGUGGAGACUUCACAAAGGCAUCCUCCAGCUGUGUCUGAAGAGGACUUAUCUGUGGCCUCUCUUCUUGACAUUCCAUCAUGGGCUGAAACAAUGGGAAACACCCAUUCAGAGAGCAUUCAUGGGGAUAUGAUCGAAGAAUUGGAGAUCAACCAGGACAGCUUCACCAAUCCAUGGCUGUUUCAAGAGGUCAAAAAAGAAUCUACAAAGGAAGAUGCAGAUGAAGAAGUUUCUGCAGAAUCUGAGGAGGAAAUUCAAGCUCAGUGUGACUUUUCAGACAAUGAAAAUGCUUGCCUCUCCUCAUCUCCAAUCAUUUUGAACAGUCAGUCUGAAUUUCAACAACAAUCAACAAAGUCUUCUCAAAAUGUCUUUGAUUUCAGCCAGAUAUAUAUUGCGAGACUUUCUUCAGGUGAAAAUUCAGUUUUGUCAACUGUUGACUCUAAACACACAGUACCCGACCUACUGCAACACACUUCUCCAGAGAGUCAAGAAGAAACAACUCAACUCCAAAAGCAAAAGUAUCAAGAUGAAAGUUAUGUGUGUCUUGAUCAAGUGUCACCUGUAUAUGAAAAAAGUGAUUUAGAAGGCAAUGAAAAAUCAGUAAAGAUACAUCACUUUGAAUCUGAUGAAACUUCAGACACCAUGCAGUCGUUUUCAUGUCAUGAAAGAAAAUCAUCUGAAGUUGAAAUGUCAGCUCCUGAGAGCAAUCAAAUAGUAGACCAACAUAUUAGUCCUUCAUUUUCCUCUUAUGCUCUUGAAAGGGAGGCUGAUGAAGCUGUCUCAUGCAGUGUUGAAGUGAAUCCAGGGGUUUCAAGAGUGACUCCAGACCUCGUUAAGGGCUCUCCAGAAUCAGAUCAGGUCUUUCUUACCGCAGAAAUGCUUAGUCAUUUGGAUACAGUACCACCAUUGCAAAACCAUAGAGCGGAAGAGCAAAACUUUGUUGAGUCCUCUACUACAAUUGACUCAGCAUCACUGCAGUCAUCUACCUAUCACAAGAUCACAAUUUUAAAUCAAGAACAAUGUAAUAGCAACAGCUCCUCACACCAACCUUCAGAGCCUGAAGUUGAUCCUAGGAUCAUCCAACAAACUGAUUCCCAUGAACAACAUUUGCAACUAUUAGAGUCUCCAGAACAACAGCCAGAAACUUUAGGAGAACAUUGUGCUCAUCGGGAAGAUGAAUAUAGUCCAGUGGAGGAAAAAGUAUGUACACAGCUGGAUUUCACUACUGAAGCUCUUAUAGAUGGCAGUAAUGAUUUUAAGAAAGAACUGCUGUCACAAUCAGAUACUGACUCAGACACGUGGAUUCAAAGUGAAACUCCACAGCUGAGUGAAACUUCACCUUUCUGUAAUUCUGACCUCAGUCCACAAACACCAGAAACAGUCAUAACUUGUCAACAUUUUGACUUUAGGGAGGAGUCUUCUGAACUUAAGAAACCUCUUUCACAGGAGGCAGUGGUAUCCAAAGGUUUAAGAAGACUGCAGUCUGAAUCAAUAAUCUCAAGUGCAACCCAAUGGUCAGAAGAAAAGCAUAUCGACCGGUGUCUCUCAGAGUCCUCUGAACCUUUGAUGCUCACUCUGAACAUGAAUCCAGCACUUAAAGAACCUGUUUCCCAGGAGGCCGUACUACCUCCACCGCUCUCUCAUGAUGGCCGAGACAAGACAUUAACUUUCAGAGAUUCCAGACGACUGCUGUCAGACUCAGUUAUGUCUGGUGUACCAUCCAAAUCAUCAGAGGAAAAACCCUCUGCUCGUGGUCUUUCUGACUCUUCUGAGCCUUUGGCUUUCAGCAUGAAUUCAGUUCUUGAGGAACUUAAGAAAACUGUUCAACCGCAACAAUCAUCUGAUCAACCACUCAGCUCUGAGUUGACAAAUUCACAAGACUCAUUCGCAGGGAAACUGCAGUCAGUGGUUGAAGAUGCAUCAGCUGAGUCACCUAGAUCUCAGAUUGAACAGAGUAAAAAUGUGAGAUUAGAGGUCAUUGUCACUGAUGUGCCAAAACCUGGCAAAGUUGAAAAACCAAAACACAAAGAUUUAAUAACCAUUGAUAAACAACAGGAUGAGUCUGACCCCGAGACAUUUUUCGACUGCAAACAGACCAUCUCAGACUAUUCUGAAGCAGAAGAAGAUGAACCUUGGAAAGGUGCAAUGGCACUGAGUAAUAAAGUCUUAAGGUCUACUGUUCAUGAAUUACAACAACAACUAAAUGUCAGAAGUCCCUCAGGAUAUAUGCCAUCCCAUGAGAGCCCUCGUAGGUCUGUCAGGUCAUCAGACAGUGAAGAUUUCGAGGAUUCUCCCAUUAUCCAUGAACUUAAUGAUGAUGCAGAGGAGAAAGAUGUUUACUUUCCAUGUCAGCAGAAAAGUUUGCAAUCAUCUGCACAAACUCCUCAGGAGCUUCCUCCUCGAGGAGGAGCUGAGUAUAAUGAUGAUGAUGAUGAUGAUCUGAGGAGGGAGAUUGAUGAGGCGUUAGGUGUGCUGUCGGAUAGCUCUGAUGAGGAUGUGGUGACCACCAGAGUGGUGCGAAGGAGAAUAAUUAUUCAGGGUGAGGAUGUUCCAGAGGUUCCUCUACAGUCUGUAACAGAAGAGCAGUACACAGACACACAGGGCAACUUGGUAGUGAAGAAGGUGACCAGGAAGGUAAUUCGACGAUGUGUAUCAUCUGAUGGGGUGGAGACAGAGCAGGUGAGGAUGGAGGGCUCCCCCCAGCAGCCUGUCAAUGUGGCAUCGGGGGAUGGAUACUCAAAAGUAAUAAAAAGGACAGUACUGAAGAGUGAAGGACAUCAAACAGAGGUAACUUUCCAUGAGCAAGAUGGCAUGUCAUCUUCGAAGGGGGAGUCUGCUCUAGGUCAAGAGCUCAGAAAGGUGAUCCAGACGACGACGGUACAUGGAGAACAGCUGGAAAAGCAUGAAGGGGAUCCUUAUCUUGCCUCAGACCUGCCCUCAGCCCGGGAGGACUUCACCCAGGACGAGGAUGCAGAAGUCUAGGACCAACAGGAGGUCAGUAGUGAGGGAUCAUGGGGGACAGAAGCAGGUUUGCGUGGAGCAGAUAGACGAUCGGUCUGAGCCCCAUGACAACCUACAGCAUAGCCUCCAUCACCUCAUUCACCACUACUGUGCCCAAAACAACUGAGAGGAAGAGAGGGAGGAAGCCAAAGAGAAGUUUGAGUGGUGGUUUCCCUCUUCAUUUUCCUCUCCCCUAUCUCCAUCGCUCCUCUCUUUGAGCCUAUCUGCUCUCCUAACCACUCCUAUGCACCAUGCUCAUGCAAUCCCAGAGUGUACUUCACUCCUGCCACUUCCAGUCUUCCUGUCCAGUCAAACUGGAUGUUUGCCCAGUUUAAGUCAACGGACAAUAUUGUCUCUCUCUCCUUAUUUUCCCCAGUUUACCACAAGUGUUUCUCUCUUUCUGCCCUUCAUUGUGACCAAAUGGUGUUCUUUCUUUCCUUUCUUUUCCUUUCCUUUCCUUUCCUUUCCUCUGCUUUUUAAAUCCCUCAGUUAUAACACCUACGAACACACAUACACAAAAAUCACAAUAACCAAAAACGUUUUUUUAAAAAGAGAAAAAAAAAAGUCCUGGUCGUUCAUACUCAGAACAUUUAAGCUUGAACUAACAGAACCUGUACUGCACUGCCUACCACAACUAUUGAAUAUCGUUGCAUUAUAUCACCACAUCAUGCCAUGCUAUUUUGAUCUCAACGGUUGAGAUGUCUGAAAACUUCUUGCCUUCUUUAUCAGCUGUUGGGGUAUUGUGUGUCUGUGUAUUCUAUCCAUGGAGAGUAUAUAUAAUAUGCAUUUUUAAAAUGACGGUAGAUCACAUUAGCCACCUGUAAGGAUAUUAGCAGGCAUGCUUAGCUAGCAGCAGUCACUUAUUAAUAACAGACUCUUUCUGUGGUUAGACGACUGUCAUUUUUCUGUCUCUUUUUCGUCUCACUUCUCUCUUUGUGUCUGUGAUCUGUAGCAAUUCUAGUCGUCAUCAUCAUCAUCACAUUUCAUUGCAGCUUUUUGUUGUAAUAGAAACACAUUAACAUGCGCUUUAUGAUUUUAAAUUCACUUUAGCGAAUGUGUCAAGAGGGACCCAGGAAGCAAAGGUGGAAUCAAAUUCAACUAAUCAGUUACACAUAUUCUAUUCUAUUUUAAACUUUCAAUCUGAAUUAAUUCUUUACGUAUGUGUUUUUGAGUGAGUGCGUGUGUAAAAUUAGAUAUGUGAUUUUUAAUUUCAAAUUAUAUUAAUUUUGUUCUGUACAUAUUGCUAUAUCAAGGAAUCGUCAAGGAAUCUUGCUCUGAGGUAUUUAUGAUGGAUUUUAUGAUGAAUGCUUUUAAAAUGUCAGUGGUUUCAGGAGUGAACAUAAGGGAUGUAUGUUUUUUUUGUUUUUUUUUUAAAGAAUAAUUUAUUUUGAUGUAUGAGUAUUCUCUUUACAAUUCACCAAAUCACGGGUUGGCUUUACUUGAGACUUUUGGGAAAAAGAGUGUACCUUGUGAUAUUCGAAUGACUUUUUCUUUUAAUUGCAGAUUUAUACAGCUGUGUUAGCAGAGGUUGUUUUUUGCUGCUGAUCUGAGGCCAGCUCUGCUUUUUUCCCCCUUAUAAUAAUUCACGUUCGGGAAACUGGCCCUGGAACAUCACUUCAAAAUUCAUCCUCUAAACUGAGCAAUGUCAUUAAGUUGAACACUGCUACUACUUUCACUGUGACUGGCCCACAUUUGAUUUACAGAAUCCGCAUUCUAUGUCUGUGGAGAUAAGAAUAUGCAUAUAUAUAGUACAUAAAUAUCUAUCCAUAAAGGCAUGUAUUAGUUUACUAUAUGACUUUUAAAAAAGACAUUUAAACACUAUACCUUGGCUGCAGUGUGUGUAUAUGGCUGAACGAGAAUAAAAGUGUAUAAGUGUCAA